CAAGAUGGCGCUACCUCCUCCACCAGCACCACCACCUCCACCGCCUCCUCCUCCUAUAGGAGAGGCCAUUCCUCCCUCUUAUCCCGGUCCAGCUCCUUCGAUGCAACCUGUGACAACUGCCCAACCAGCUCCAGAUGUUCAAACGGCAUCCCAGCCCAAUACUACCCCAGGAAACGAGGAUAAAAUCUGGGAAAGAUCGUGGACCGUGGACGAGUUGAGAAAGGGGUCAUCAAAUUGGACACUCGCUGCUGAUUCGGGGUUUCUCCUUUAUCUGCAAGAAUUCUCUCAACGAAUUAUUUCACAAACUCACGACAUUGAGACUCAAGUGGAUGGGCUGAUCAACAGUACAAAAGGAAUGGAUUCUAAAGUGCAGAAUACAAUGAAUGACUUUUUAAUGCUGUCUGAUACGCAAUUCAUUGAAAAUCGUGUUUAUGAAGAGGAUGUCAGUAAAGAUGAGACAAAUGAGGAGAAGGAGAAAGCUCCUGAACCAGAAAAGGCAAAAACAAGGGAGCAGCUUGAGGCAGAGGUUAUUCCUAAGCUAAGUGAAGCUCUUAGCCAUGGAGUUGGGGUUAUGGAUAAUGCAUUUGUUGCAGUUGAGCUCACAACAGAACAUUCUGAUGAUGAAGAAGAAGAAGAUGAUGAUGCCAAGACAGCAUUUAAGCCACAAGUGAUUUUGGAGCCCAAGGAUGUUUAUUCCAAUCGUCCAUUGCCACAUCUGAUUGGAAGUGGAGAUUUCUUUAAGGAUGAGCUGGUUGGCUUGGGUGAAUCUUCAGGAGAAGAAGAUGAAGGUGAAGAGGAUGAGGAAGAAGCGUCUUCCAGUAGCAGUGGAAGUGAAACUGAAUCCACAGCCAGUGGAGAAUCUAGUAGUGAGAGCUCCGAAGAGAGUGGCAGUGAAUCAGACACAGAAAAGCUGAAAGAGACAGAGAAAAAACAGAAAAGCAAGCCAAAGAAAAUUAUUGAAUCAGAAGAAGAUGAUGAUGAUCUGUUUGGUGAAAAGAAGAAGCCGCCAGACUCAGAUGAAGAAGAUGAGAAGAGUGAUGAUGAGGAAAAACAGCCUAAGAAGCCAAAGGGUGGUUUAGACUUUGCCUCUGAACUUGCAGCAAAAAUUGGAGUUGCAAAGGUGAAGCAACCAGACAGUGAUGAAGAUGAUAACAAAGAUAAGGUGGCUGAUGGUGAGUGGAGUGACGAGGAGAAUCAAGAGUCUAAAACUGUUGAAGUUCAGGAAAAACAACGCAGCUUGACAAAAAACAGUUUAACAAAAAGCCGCAGUGACAGCAAGACGAAAGAGAAGAAGUCUCACCACCACCACCACCAUCAUCAUCAACAUCAUGACAAAAGGGAGCGGUCUGAGUCACAGGGAGAGCACAAGCAUAGAAAACGACGUGGCAGUAAGACCAGCCACUCUAGUGUGGACAAGCAUUCAGUUACCGCAGAGGAUGAUCUGUUUAGCCAGUCAAGUCCUCAAGAAGAUGGUCUCUUUGGAGGUGAAGGAACUCCAUUUACAAAGAAAGGAGGGCUGUUUAGUGGUGGAGGAAAUCUCUUUGAUGAUGUUGACGAAGACAAGGGUGACUUGUUUGCUGAGGCUUCAACUACGAAAACUAACAAGCAAGAAGGACCAACAGAAGCAGAAGAAGAAUCUGUUCAAGUUAAACCCAGAGCAAGAAGCACAGCAAGUGGGAAAAAAAUCCCAGCUGGAGCCAUCUCGAUAUUUGGAGAUUCUGGUUUGUUUGGAUCACCAACAAAAGAGGACAUUACUACCAGUCUGACUAAAAACCAUCAAAAGCAUGAGGAAACUGAAACAAAACCCAAACCCAAGAGUGGAGGGGGUGGGGGUGGUUUGUUUGAUGGUGAUGAUGAUGAUGAUCUGUUCAGUGGUACAACUUUUAAACCAUCUGCUGCGUCUCCGGUAGUUCAAGAAACUGCAAAGACCAAACCAGCAGCAAAUAAAGUUGAUCUGUUUGGUGCUGACAAUGAGGAUGAAGAUGAUGAAGAUGAUGAGGGUGAUUUGUUCAGUGGAAAGCCUGUGGCAAAAGAACCUGCUCAGGCCCCCCCAAAGAAAAAGCUACCAGCUGGUGCAGUGUCCAUGUUUGGCAGUUCACCACCUCCUUUACUGAUGGGCAAGAAUACUGUUGAUGAUGAAGAGAAAGAUGAUACUGGGUUGUUCAAGGCAUCCGCCGUUGCACCUAAAAAGACCGAAGUAAAAACUUCCCCUGCUUCUCAGCUAACCAAGUCAAAAUCCGGGGGAGGACUAUUUAGUGAUGAAGAUGAGGAAGAAGGGGGAGGGUUGUUUGGGGCUUCAGCUACAAAACCACAGCCCAAGGAAGAACCAAAGUCCAGACCAAAAACAAAGACAACGAUUAGUCUGUUUGAUGAUGAUGAUGAACAGGAUGAAGAGGAGGAUUUCUUUGCUGCACCAGCAGUUUCAAAACCAGCCAAGAAUGAGCCAACCAAGGACAAACCCAAGGAGGAAGUUAAGGAAACUAAGGCACCCAGCGCUAAGAUUUCAGGGCUUUUUGAUGAUGAUGACGAGGAUCUGUUCAAUUCGCCAUCACCUAAACCUUCCCCCUCUCCCAAUGUCACGCGCAAGGAGGACAAAAAAGAAGAAACCAAGCCUAAUAGGAGUUCUUCAAAAAUGCAAUCUUUGUUUGAUGCUGAUGACGAUGAUGAAGGGAUGUUUGGAGGCACAUCGGAGGAUAUUUUUAUAGCGUCGACGUCUCCUCAGAAGUCAUUUGAGUCCGUGUCACCUUUAUCAGCGGCCAUAUCAGAAACGGUUCCGCCUCUUGACGGCACAGCUGAAGUUUCAAUCAGCAAAGCGAAACCUAAACCAUCCGCAACAACAGCAGCGGCACCGAAAGCCAGUCUGUUCAGUGAUGAAGAUGAUGACCUGUUUGGAGGGAAUUCAGUGGAGGAACCGAAAGUCGAGGAGAAGAAAGCCGUCAGGUCCACUUCCGGUACCCAAGGCAGCCUUGUCACCAUUCCCCUCAAGCGUCAGCCCGAAAACGUCGCCGGUGAAGCUUGGGUCGGGAAUUGAGAAGCUGCAGAAAUCUCUCGCCUUUAAUCCCGCCAUGUUGAGACCAGGCGCGGCUCCGCCCAAGAAGGAGGCCCCGGCUACUGUAGCUUCAUUUGACGAGCCCGCCAAAGUCACCACCUUGGAGAGCACUAACAAGGCUCGCGCCAAAGUGCAAGUCAAGCGCCGUCCUCCAACACGCCAAGCCCGUCGAGCUGCGGCUGCAACGAGUAGUGCUUCGGACGCAUCACUUUUUGGCACAUUGACGAAUGAAGACGAGUCCAUUAGCGCUCGAGUAUCCUGGGGAGGAUUUCCCUCUCCGGAAGAGGGACUGGGAAAGAGUGAAGUGGAUUCUGGGCAGCGACCGUCGAGGACUGAGACCAAGGAUUCUGAUAUGAGCGACGAAUUUUUCGGUUUCACUAGUUCUGGGUCCACGCGGGUCAAAAAAGAUGUCUCCGAGGACCCUUUAGCGGGGGGACUUUUUUCAGAUUCUGUUUCUUCGAAGCCGAAAGUUUCGACAGCCAAUGAACUGUUUAAGGACGACUCCGAUGAUUUAUUUUCAAUUUCAAUCGAGAAAACAAACAAGACAGAUGUAGACGAUCCUUUUUCUGUUGGUAAAACAAAAGAGGAAAAUAAACCUAAGACUGCAGACCCAUUAAUUACAAAUGAUUCUUCUCAAAAUUUACCUAGUGCUACAUCUCCCGAAGAUGAUUUAUUUUCUUCUGGGACAAAUACAAAGGAGAGAAAAUCUGAAGCAAUCUUAAAGGAAACGCCUAGCAAAGAUAAAGAGGACUCCAAGAUUUCCUCGCCUCUAGAUAAUGAAGAUUUACUUUCAGCUGUCCCUAAAGACGGUGAAAACGUAACUAAAACAAUAGCUGCAAAAGAUACACUCUCCGCCAAACUUCCAGCAAACCUUUCAGCAAAGGCGCAAUCGCCAGUCUCAGAUGGCGACUUGUUCGCGUCAAGUACAGGAAAAGAAGAGGGCAAAUCCGGCAAGGGGGAGAAAGAAAAAACGACCGCGGAUAAAAAAUUUCCUUCCCCUCUCGGCGACGACGAUGAUGAUUUGUUUGCCGUGAGUGCACCGGCCAAGAAAGAAACAAAAACUAUUUCUGACAGUGCUGCGAAGAAAACGGCAAGUCCGCUGACCAGCAAGAAGGCGGUUACGAAAGGAAGCUCAAUUCUUGAUGAAGAUGACGAUGAAUUAUUCUCCGUCAAAAAAACCGAAGCCCGAAAGCCGAAGAAAGUCGUGAAACCGCUGGGAGACGACGACUUGUUUGGAGACUCGGGUGACAUCUUUAGCGAUAUUCCGAGCAAACCCAAGGGACCUAAAAAGAAAAAGUCUGCAACCACUGCACCCAAAGACGACAUAUUCGCUGAGGGUGCGGCUACUGGAGGAGAUGAGCAAGCGCCAAAGAAAACGGCGACAAAAGCCAAGAAGAAAACAGAUAAAAAGCCUAAAACCUCAAUUUUCGAUGACGAUGUACCAAGUAUAUUUGACGAUCCACUGAAUGCUACUUCGAAGUAACAAGUAUUGCGACAAAAAUUUUGUUCUCAAAACUGAUGAGAAGCCAAUCCUUUUACACAAAUAAAUUAGUUGCGUAUUUUAUAUAAUAUAAGAAUAAGGUACUGGUUGCUGUCAUUACUAUAAUGUUUUGUGGUAUUUUUUGCUGAUUCUCCAAGAGAAGUACAGUGACGGUACCACAAGAUCAAAGUGAUUCGAGGAAUUUUAAUGUGCUUGAGAUUUCUAUUUUGUUUAGAAGAACGUGAAAGAAUGAAGUGAUUUUCUUGUUGCCUAAAUUUGAGAGAUUAACCAUAUCCCUUGACAGAGCCGAGCAGAAACUCUGUCAAGUACUCUCUUUCAAAACAUUACGCUAAUCCAUUUUACAAGCUCUUGAAAGACAAACCAAGAGAAACAAAACCAUGUUAACAUCUCGUUCCAAGAUGCAGGCUCACGGUUCGUGAAUGUAAUAAAAGUAGGCUACAUUUCCGUGUGCGUCAUUCCCAAUCAAUUUUGAGAUUCUCGCUUUCUAGUACACCGUAGGAAAAAUGGCCUCAUGAAAGAACCACUUACAAGAUUUCCAUUUUUUCAGCCUCAUACAAGGAUUUAAUUAACUUUAAGGUUUAACCUGAGGUGAAAGGGUAAUUAGAAGACAUCAUUAGGUACUCUUCAACAACACAUACGGUAGAGCCACUUUUGUUUUUCUUUGAAUCAAUUCCAACUGAUCCUUCCACACGAAUUAGAAAAAUCGUUUUAGCAGAUUAAUUUUAGUGCCGUUUAAAUUUGGAUGUUUGUAUAGCUAAAGGGGUCAACUUAAAUCUUUAAACCCAAGAUUUGGCGGAUGAGUAUUUCUCAAAGUGUCGAAAAUUUUAAAAGCGAAAGUAUUGAAGCUCGUCUUCCUAGCAAUGGUUAUUGUGAACCAGUGUAGUAAAUAAAUCUAUGUUUGCUCAUG